AAGGCCCAGCCCACCCGGGCGUCCUGCUCUCCUCUGUCCGGCCCAGGAGCUUCCCUCCUCCCGUACGGGGCGGGCGCCGGGGACCUGGAGUUCGUCCGGAGCGCCGUGGACUUCACCUCCCCGCUCUUCAGGCCCGCGGCCGGCUUCCCGCUCGGCUCCUCGCUCCGCGAUUCCCUCUACUUCACAGACAAUGGCCAGAUCAUCUUCCCAGAGUCAGACUACCAGGUUUUCUCCUAUCCCAACCCACUCCCAACAGGCUUCACAGGCUGGGACCCUGUGGCCCUGGUGGCUCCGUUCUGGGACGAUGCCGACUUCUCCACUGGUCAGGGGACCAUAUUUUAUCAGGAAUACGAGACGCUCUAUGGUGAACACAGCCUGCCAGUCCUGCAGGCCGAGUCUUGGAUUAGAAAGAUCACAAACAAUGGCGGCUUCAAGGCCAGGUGGACCCUAAAGGUCACGUGGGUCAAUGCCCACGCCUAUCCUGCCCAGUGGACCCUCGGGAACAACACCUACCAGGCCAUCCUCUCCACAGAUGGGAGCAGGUCCUAUGCCCUGUUUCUCUACCAGAGCGGUGGGAUGCAGUGGGACGUGGCCCAGCGCUCAGGCAACCUCGUGCUCAUGGGCUUCUCCAGUGGAGACGGCUAUUUCGAAAACAGCCCACUGAUGUCCCAGCCAGUGUGGGAGAAGUAUCGCCCUGAUAGAUUCCUGAAUUCCAGCUCAGGCCUCCGAGGGCUGCAGUUCUACAGGCUACACCGGGAAGAAAGGCCCAACUACCGUCUCAAGUGCCUGCAGUGGCUGAAGAGCCAGCCUCGGUGGCCCAGCUGGGGCUGGAACCAGGUCUCCUGCCCUUGUUCCUGGCAGCAGGGACGAUGGGACUUACGAUUCCAACCCGUCAGCAUAGGUCUCUGGGGCCUCAGCAGCAGGCAGCUGUGCAGCUUCACCUCCUGGCGAGGAGGCGUGUGCUGCAGCUACGGGCCCUGGGGAGAGUUUCGUGAAGGCUGGCACGUGCAGCGUCCCUGGCAGUUCGCCCAGGAACUGGAACCGCAGAGCUGGUGCUGCCUCUGGAAUGACAAGCCCUACCUCUGUGCCCUGUACCAGCAGAGGCGGCCCCGCGUGGGCUGUGCUACAUACAGACCCCCACGGCCCG